AUGCAGACGGCUAUUGCGGAACUAGGUGACCGCCCAUUUCGUGGGCGUAUUGAAAAAAGUUCAGAACUACAUCAAGAGCUGUUUUUAGAAAUGAUAAAUUUGCUUAGUAAAUAUGAUCCUGAAUUAAAAUAUCAUUUAGAUAAUGGAUCUAGGAAUGCGUUAUAUACGAGAAAAUGUCUACUGAACUUCGUGGAGAAAAAUUCAAUCAUUGCGGACAAUACUAGUGACGUUGGUCACAAUGAGAAAAUAUCUUUUAUUAUCCCAUAUUAUUCAUCCGAGAAAAAAAGACCAGUUGAAAGAUUUUUUUGUUUAAGAAGAUUAUCACAUGGAGAUUCUCAGACUAUUUUUUUGAAAUUAUGUGAUGUAUUGAACCUUAUAGCGAACAAAAUUGGUGCCACAUUACAAUCAUCUAACUUGUAUCUACAUACAGCGGUUACACCAAUCACUGCUUUGAAAAACUCUCUUCAAACGAUGAGAUCAGAUGAAACGUUUAAAACAAUUUUUAUGGAAGAUGAAACUAAAAUAGCUUGCACUGAAAUUGAUGUAUCCAUACUUGAAGUAAAAAUAAGGCAAUGCCUUACACCAAAUGAUGAGAAUGGUGUUUGUAUUGAUAUUAGAAAUUGUCAAAAAUUACGAUUGCUACUACAAGAUCAAAAUAUCACUGAAUCGACAUUGAACCUUCUUCGGAAUUCAAUUUGUGGGUUUGUAGGUACAACUUCAAAAGUUUGCUGUCCUUUGGAUAAAACAAUUCCAGAAGCUAAAUUUCUAUCACAAACCUCGUGUGGACACAGGAAGCUCCCUAGUUCUCGAAUAAUUGGAGGCAGUCAAUCUGAAUUAGGUGCUUGGCCUUGGAUGGUAGCUCUUGGAUAUCAAAAUUUAAAUAUAAACAAUAAUAAUCUACAGUGGCUGUGUGGUGGAACGCUAAUCGCAGAUACAUACGUAUUAACAUCCGCCGAAUGUGUAAAAAAUCGUGUUAAUAUAAGACUGACCACGGCGCGCUUGGGUGAAUUAAAUUUGGAUCCUAACGUCAAUGACGGCACAACUCCAUUGGAUGUUCCAAUUGAACGUAUUAUAAUACACGAAGGAUACAACCCUGAAAGAGUUAUCAAUGAUAUAGCAUUACUGAAAUUAAGCCAUAGUGUAUCUUACACUCAAUUAAUCCAACCAAUCUGUUUGCCAGUCUCAUUGGAUGUAAAAAAUAUUAAUUUAACAGCAACUACUAUGCCAUUUGUUGCUGGUUGGGGUUCCACCGAUCCUUCGUCAGUUUUAAGUGAACCACGCAAUACAUAUUUGCUGGAAACUCAAAUUCCAAUAGCGAAUACUACGAAAUGUAAGCAAUUAUACGAGAAAAACAACAUUGUAAUCGAUAGCARAAUUAUGAUUUGUGCUGGACCUCAGGAGGGAGGAAAAGAUGCUUGUCGAGGUGACUCUGGUGGACCUUUAAUGUUUCUCAUAAAAAAUAAAUACUAUUUGAUGGGCAUAGUAUCUCGUGGACCUAAAAUAUGUGGUGAACCAGGUUAUCCAGGAAUAUACACCAGGGUGUCUUUUUUUACCGAUUGGAUUGUAAAAAAAAUGAACAGUUAGCUAUGAGCCUUUAAUAAAUUUGGAACUCUUUAAAUGUUUAAAUGUUCAUAUUAUGCUAAAGUGUAGCUUUAUUAAACACGUAGGACGUAGGUAGGUCAUUGAUGCAGAGCGAACAAUAUAAUUUGACGGCGCCUCCAAUUAAUAAUAAUUUUUAAAAUUCAAUAGUUAAACAACAUUGUAAAAUUUAAGAAUGGUGCUAUGAGUUGGUACCGCUAUUUGGUUAUUUUUCAUUUAAUAAUAAAUGUAUAAUUCAGUUGAAUAACACUACUAAAAAGACAGUUAAUGCUAUGGGAUUAAAGUAGUUUUAAAGAAAACUGUGCCUUUUAAUUUAUAAUUAUUUAUUUCAUGUUUUACAACCUUUUCCCUUACAAAAAGAGGAAUUACUAAGUAUUUAAAAAAAUAAAAUAAAGCCUCAAGAUAUUGUAAUCUCACAACAGUCACAAGUUAGAAGAAUUUUAAAAAAUGGUACAUAAAAGUUAACGAUUCAAAUGGUUUAAUAUAUAGUUAUAAUUUAUAAAAAUUAAUA